CUGGUCCCCACCCCCACCCCCAGGUUCUGGGGAAGCUGGGUGUGGCCCAGACUCCCCAAAGCAAGGAACUCUGGGGGGACUGGAGCAAGUCCCCUCCUGCAGAUGGGGGGAGGGUCAUUCCCAUUUCAGGUCCUGCCACCCGGGCCAGCCUGCCUGACCAGCUCCUCCAGCCGCCUGGGCUGGGGGCUGGGGCGCACCAAGACAGCAACGGCCCAGGCUGCGGCGGCUCGGAAGAUGGGGCUCCCCCGAAGGCAGCCUGGCCCCUGGCUAUGGCUUCCCAUGGUAGUGCUGCUGUGGCCUCUCUGCACGUGUCUAGAGCUGGUCUCCUACACGCCGCAGAUAACGGCCUGGGACCUGGGCGGGAAGGUCACUGCCAGCACCUUCUCCCUGGAGCAGCCGCGCUGUGUCCUCGACAGCCACGCCCGGGCCACGGACACCAUCUGGCUGGUGGUGGCCUUCAGCAACGCCUCCGUGGGCUUCCGGAACCCGCAGACAAUAGCAGGCAUCCCAGCCGCCCCCCGGCUGCAGACCGAUGGCUACUACCUGACGCUGCCCAUGUCCCCAGAGCUGCUGCGCUGUGAGGCUCCCCAGCGCAGUGGCCGCCACAUCCGGGUGCUGCGGGUGGGCAAUGACCCCCACUGUCCUGUACACACCCAGCAGCCCCCCUACUGCAACAACCCCCUCCCCAGCCCCGGGCCUUACAGGGUCAAGUUCCUCCUAAUGGAUGCCAGGGGCACCCCUAGGGCUGAGACAAGGUGGUCUGACCCCAUCACCCUCAACCAAGGGCGGGCCCCAGGCUCCAUUGACACCUGGCCGGGGCGGCGCAGUGCGGACAUGAUUGUCAUCAGCUCCAUCCUCCCCUGCCUGGCUGGCCUCCUGCUCAUCGCCUUCCUGGCUGCCUCCACUUUGCGCUUCUCCAGCCUGUGGUGGCCUGAGGAGGCCCCAGAACAGCUGCGAAUUGGCUCCUUCAUGGGGAAGCGCUACAUCACCCACCACAUCCCGCCCAGCGAGACCCCCAUGCUGCCCGACUCCCUCCCCAGCCUCAGCCCCUGACCACCCGCUGCUCGGAGUUCUCUCUCUGACCCGGGCAGGCAUGAAGGUGUCUUGCUCUGCUCUGAACCGCGUCACCCGGGAGGACCAACUUCAAGACAGCCCCCGCGGCUGCCCACGAGUGGUUCCUGAUCCGACCACACGGGGGCACCUGUGUACUGCAGCCGCUGGGCUCUCGCACAUGCGCGCGGCUCUGCCCAGCACGGGUGCAGUGAGGCGCCCACCGCUUUCCGGGGUCCUGGAAGUUGGUGCAACUGUUUUCAUCUCCAUCAGAUCCGAGAGCCCACCACAUGCCAUCCCCUCCGCCCAGCUGCCACCUUUUCUGAAUGGGGAAACUGAGGCUUGUGACCUGCCAUCCUGUCCCUUGUCCACCCUCCCAACCCUUUCACUCUUCGCUUGGCCCCCAACUUGCAGCGUGUGAAGAGCCCCCGUCUUUGGAGGUGAAUAAAAAUGACCU